ACUCGAGCCGCAGAGCGUUCAGAGAGGCACGGCACGUCAACGUGACUGAGGCCGAGUGUCGUCCACAACUAUUAGUAUGAAACAUCGGGAUUAUUCACCAACAUUAAACACUACGGUGAAAUAUCACCCGGUUUGAAAAGGAGGCGACGCAAAGCUGUCGCUCUGACAUCGACCUCUACCACCGGAAGCCCGUUAGCUUUGCCAGCUAACGCAAGCUAGCUUACAUACCCUCGCUUUUUUCACGCAACUGACCUCCACCACAGCCGUACUGAGUAUCAUCUGCUUGCUAGGUUAGGGUUGCUUUUCUCCCGUGUCUUCCCGCUGGCUCCCGUUGUCCCCCGUGUGGUGCCCCGUGGACGGUUCCCGAAUAUGAUACAUAAUGAGUCAAAGAGACACCUUGGUUCAUCUGUUUGCUGGAGGAUGUGGGGGCACGGUAGGAGCCAUAUUGACGUGUCCACUGGAGGUAGUGAAGACCCGUCUGCAGUCGUCCUCCAUCACCCUCUAUGUGUCUGAGGUUCAGCUCAGUACCGUCAACGGGGCCAGUGUGGCCCGCAUGUCCCCGCCAGGCCCCCUGCACUGCCUCAAGUUGAUCUUAGAGAAAGAAGGACCUCGCUCUCUCUUCAGGGGCUUGGGGCCAAACUUAGUGGGUGUGGCCCCUUCCAGAGCGAUCUACUUUGCUGCUUACUCCACAGCCAAAGAGAAACUGAACGGUGUGUUUGAACCUGACUCCACACAGGUGCACAUGGUGUCGGCUGGAAUGGCAGGUUUUACAGCCAUCACAGCAACCAAUCCAAUAUGGCUCAUAAAGACUCGGCUUCAGCUGGAUGCUAGGAAUCGAGGCGAGCGAAGGAUGAGUGCGUUUGAGUGCGUGCGGCGGGUGUAUCAGACGGAUGGCCUGCGAGGCUUCUACAGGGGGAUGUCGGCUUCCUACGCCGGUAUCUCAGAGACUGUGAUUCACUUUGUGAUCUAUGAAAACAUCAAACGGCGCCUCCUGGAGGCCAAGGCGCCGCAGAACAUGGACGAGGAAGAAGAGACAUCGAAAGAUGCUUCAGACUUUAUCGGGAUGAUGCUCGCUGCUGCCACCUCCAAGACCUGCGCCACAUCUCUAGCUUAUCCUCAUGAAGUGAUCCGCACCAGGCUACGUGAGGAGGGCACCAAGUAUAACUCCUUCUUCCAGACUCUAAAAACAGUGCCCAAAGAGGAGGGCUACCGCGCCCUGUACCGCGGCCUCACCACCCACUUGGUACGACAGAUCCCCAACACCGCCAUCAUGAUGUGCACCUAUGAGCUGGUGGUCUACCUCCUGAACGGUUAAAGCCCCCCCCUCCCCCCCCCCCACCCCCACCCCCGCAUAUGUAACCCUGCCCUUGUUCGGAGACGGAAAAAAAGAGCCAACUGCACACCAGCCUGCGCGCCAGAAGAGGACGGAGACCUUUGUCCCAGUGACGGGGCUGUUAAAAUAAGUUGGGUGUUUUGUUAGUCUGGCACAGGGAGGAAGAGCGACAUGUUCCUCUCAUUGGUUGGGGGAUCUGGGUUUAGGAAUGGUUGUUUUUUUAUUUUUAUUCCAUCUUGUUCUCCUUCUGGAAGCUCAGACUCACAGUAUAUUCUGCCUCUAACAAUACUAAUAAUAAAAGUUCCUAUCCUGACUAGCUAGUGGAUAGAACAGCAGCAGGCUUUGCUGUCAUGCUGAAGAUCCGUUUUUAAAAUAUUUUAUUAGUCAUGCAGUAUUCUCUGCAUCUAAGCAUCUGACGGGGGGGGAGGGGGGCUCUCAAGUCAGAGAAGAAGAAAUCUGUGCUUGAGGCUUGUCGAGGUGGAGAUGGGAGACGUGCCUUGAGUGUAUAACGCACGUGGCUGUAGGAGGAAGCGCUGGUUGUCACUACAAAAGGUUAUAGAGAUGUAGUCGUACACUAGUGCUGUGUGAUCACAGGUGCUUUUACAUCGUGUGAACACGCUCACCUGAAGGCCGUCAGCGUCACAACUACUGGCUGCCGUCUCCUCACGAAGCAGGAAGUAACGUGCAUUUACAGCCAUUUAAACUUAAACACCGUGACGGUGGAUCUCUGUCCACACGAUGACGGCGACCUCUGAGCCUGUUUGAGUUUGCCACGUGUAGAAGAAGAGUCCUCACUAAGGUCUGGAGGGUCAUCGGUCCCCAAAGUAAAGCAGAAUAUAAUCACCAUUCUAACUACUGGAAUAGAAAAUAUUGAAUAGCUUCAAUGAAGGCAAGGAAGUCAAACACUUACCGAAGUCGUGAAUUAAACGUAAACAUGAUUAACGGACGUUUGUCUGCACGGACGUUCCCUUUCCUCAAACAACAGUUCUUAUAGCACUUUCCAAUCUUUCUCUACAAUCCUCAUCUCGUUUUCUUUUUCCUCAGUGGGAGAAUCCAGGCUAGUUUUUACAGGCGAGGACAAUCCUCUCCAGUUUACUCUGGAAAUGUAUGUACAGUUCAGCCAGUGUGUGGAGGACGUGGCCAGGAAUAUGCUCUUCAUAAGUGCACAUUAAUUCAAUGCAGACCAGUAUAAAAAAAGACCAGUUUCUGUUGUGUUAAUUCCCCUUCCUCAUUCCGUUUCAGAAAACAAAUGUCCUGCAUUACAUAUAAGCAGCCCGUCUGUGUCAGUGUUGUAUGUGCUGACGUGCGUCUCUGCCACGGAAUGGAAAGGUACUCUCUCUCUGAUUUGGAUACAUUUGUUCUGCAAUGUUAUGUUUCAGACGAUGCAACAGACAAGUGUGUUACCGUCACGUGUAUCGUAGCGCCCUCGUAUGUAACUUUCCCUCUGUUGUCACGUGACACAAGAAGCUGUGGAUGACUGUGUGCAUGGCUUAGCCCACAGAGCUGACACUUUUAACAGCAUGAGCUGCUGCUGUGAUCCUGCAGCCUGUUUGAACUCAUCGAUGGCCUAUCCAAACACUUCCCUGCCGACUAGGUCAGUCAGAGUGCUGGUGUGCGAGCGGUAGGCGUGCCCGGCUCCUGUGGAAUGGAAAAGGGCGGUUGUGGCGAAAUAUGCAGCUCAACUAUGCUCGCUUUGUCAUGAGGCGCCAUUGUGCUACAGAUUGCAGAAACGGCAUCAGUGUGUGGCCCCCAGAACAGCCGCCGAUGCUUUUCUACACUGGAAUUUUGACGUGAUCCUCAAUGUGAACACUUUUCAGUUUUACGGCACACACGGAGGAUGCAUUAGACCAUUAGAUUAACCUCAUGGUGCAAAUCUCAUCAGAGAUGUAUUAAGAAUUCCACUCUGUUCCAUCGGGACAGAUAGACAGUCUAUGCAGAUAGUGAGUUGAUUUUAAGGGUCAAUUCACUCAAAUUCACAGAAAAUGAAAAAGUAUUUGGGUGAAAUAACCUUUAACUGUACGGUUUAAAUGCAUCUCUUUCACUUGUAUCAGUGUCUGUCAUAUGAUGCAUCAUUCCCUGCAUCCCAUGGGUAUUCUUUUGCACCCACAUGUUUGCGUUGUGUGCCGGUAAGUGUGUGUGUGUGUGUUGUGUGUGUGUGUGUGUGUGUGUGUGUGUGUGUGUGUGUGUGGUGUGUGUGUGUGUGUGUGUGUGUGGUGUGUGUGUGUGUGUGUGUGUGUGUGGUGGUGUCUGUAUGUGUGUUGUGUUUCAUGUGUGCUUGCUUAAAUGACAGCUGAUGUCAUUCGGUCGUGUGUAAGAGCCAAUUCAGAGUGUGUAUGCCAUCCAGAAGAAUCGUGUUGUUUUUAUCUUUUUAAAUAAAUGGUUGCCUUUUCCUGACGCCCUUUGUUUUCUUCCAUGUCGUCAUCGAUGAGCCGUCUGUGCGACUGUGGCUCGGCCUAUGCAUUCUGUCAUACCUGUUUUUUUGUAAAACAAAAAGCCAAUAAAAUGGAAUGAGUGCAAAUAUA